AUGUUCUUCACUAGCUUCUAUAACUCCGGAUCAAUUUACGUCAAAGGUUCCGCAGCGGUUCAGCCCGCCGUCACUUUCGAAGGUUUGGAAGUUUUUAUCAACGAUGGUACUAUCGACGCAGGGAGUCGUGACGAAGGACCUGCACAUUCAGCUAUUGCUUUUGGUGACGCUUUUGACCCAAAAAAAACACCAUUCAUCAACCAUGGGAAGGUGGUCGUAAGUGGGACAGAAAAAUUCAUCGAAGGCAACGUUGUUUACUUGCUUGCAGGAAACGCGGUAAGUUUUUAUGCCCCCGUCGAGGGGACUGGAAGUGUGGAGGUGACCAACUCAUACAUUGGUCUAAAUGCUGAAACAAAUGCCGGCGGCCCUGAAAUCCAGUUGAAGGACUCAGCACUAUACUUGCCCGCCAAUUUCUCCACAAGCAUCAGUGUUCGCGGACUCAAGGGUUCGAUAGUCGCGUUUUCUCUGACGCCCACCAGUUUACUCCCAGAUAUGAAGACGACUUUACAAGAUGGAAAGCUGUCAAUUGGGUUCCCAGAUGCCGUGGCUACUAUUGCUGACAUUGACGGAACUAUUGUUCCAUGCGGAAUAAAGCAGGACCUCUUCACUUUGCGGGCCACAGAAAGCAUUUACAUUACCAACCCAGGCAUAUCAUUCACAGACUCUUUUCCCUCCAUCCCAGACCCAGUCACCACAACGACCGUGGUGGGGGAGGGGCACACAGUGACGCAGACAACCUCUUACUACACCGAAGCUGCCGGAGGAACAUGCGAGAUGAAAACCACUGUCUAUCCAACUGCCAGCACUUUGUCAACGAGAUACUCUGCUGCGCCCUCAGCUAAUUAG